UCACACGGAAUCUCUCUCCCCCACCCACCACGAUGAGCGGUGGCCGGAAGCCGGCCGUCUCCGGCGGCGGCGACGAGGCGGAGGUGGAAGCGCUCCUCCGGGCGGCGCAGGACGCGGUGCUGCUCAAGCUGCAGGCGAACUCCCACCUCGUCUCGUCGUCGUCGUCAUCCCCCGCCGCCGCAGCCCCGAAUCCUCCUCCCUCGCUCGACCCCUCCGCCGCCGACGCAGAUCCCCUCGACGCCGACCUCGCACGCCGCUUCGAAGCGCUCAGGUCCCGCCCACCGGGUGACCCGAAGCGCCCAGACGCCCCCGCCGCCGGCGCCGGUGCAGGCGGGAUGGACGAGCUGGAGGCGCGUCUGGCGGCGCUGAAAGGGGCGGCGGGGCGGCCGGAGAAGGGGGAUACGAGGGUGAGGCUGGAGGAUCUUGACGGGGAGUCGGAGGAGGAGGACGAGGUGGACAAGGUGAUGCGCUGGGCGAUGGACGCCGCGCGGCUCGACGUCGCCACCGCCGGCGCAGACAGGGCGCCGUCCGCUACGGCGGCGGAGGGAGAGCAAGAGGAGGAUGACAAGAGCAGCAGCGUCAGUAGCGGCGGCGACGAGGAGGAGAGGAUGGAAUUGGAGAGGAAGAGGAAGGAGACGAUGAGCAAGAACAAGCCUAAGAGCAAGUGGUUCUUCUUUUGAUCCUAAUUUUGUGUUCCCUGCUUCCCAAUUUUUCAAAUAUUUGUGCCCUUGUGAUUGAAAUACAAAGUGUAAUUUUGUGUUAACCACAAUUACCAGCGAAACGAAAAUCUGUAAAAUAGAAAAAACUGUUUGGGUCAUUGUUAUUGUGGUAUCUCAAAACCACUCCUUGUGUCACUUUUUACGGCUAUAAUUUUACUGCCUCGCAAAACCUAUUACUCCCCUGAAAAUGUAAUCAUGUGUAGGAUCCACAAUGUAUAUCAUGACAUAAAUAUUUUUUGUUGAUUCUCGUUAU